AUGAAGAGUAAGGUCCUCCUCUCCAAAGAUGAGCAAGGCUGGCGGGAAGGCCCAUCCUUUCGUCCUGCAGCGCAAUUUGAAGGAGCCAGGCAUGGCCAAGCUUACAAGACGGGCGACAGAGGGCUGGGUUACUACUCAGAACGUCCAGCUGUGUGGCGAGGGAAGGUAAACCUUGGCAAGCGGCAUGCGCCGCUCCACUUGAUCGAAGGUGACAUGCUUGAAGUCACACCUGAGCUUGUUGCAGCGGCUACUUUCGUGACAGAUGGGAGGUUUGAUCUCAUCUACGAUUGCGACGCUUUGGUUUCACUUCCUCCAGAAUCCUGGAAGCAGCGCGAGUCUUGGCAGCCGUCACGUCAGCAUGCUGAACCCAGUAGGUGCAUUUGA